UCGUUUGCCACCGCUUCAAAGAUUACCGAAUGAUUUGAUAUCGUCUGACAAAAAUGAUAACACAGAAACUAAUGAUUCGAUGUCUAUAGUUGCUCCUAUCAAAACAGCAUCACCUAUAGUCUCUCCUAUACAAACAACAUUGCCUAUAGUUUCUCCUAUUAAAACAUCAUCGCCUAUAGUCUCUCCUAUCGCCCAUAUCGCGCCUAUCCAAACAGCAUCACCCAUAGUUGCUCCUAUCCAAACUACAUCGCCUAUAGUCGUGCCUAUCCAAACAGCAUCAUCUAUUAUGGUUCCUACUAAAACAGAACCUUCCAAUAAUAGUCUCGCAUCAGUCGCAAGUUACGACAAAAACCUUUUACCGCCAAAAAACAUUAUAACCUUGUCUGAAAAAAACGAUAACGUUAUUGUUACAGCAACUAACGAUUCGAUAUACUUAUCUGAUAAAAAUGACAAUUCAAACAUGAAAAGGGCGCGUUCGGAUGAUAUUUCGGAUCUUGAUGUUGAAGACCAGACUCGUAUGCAUAAGUCGUUUCGGGAAAAUUAUAAUGAUUCUGAUGACGACGAGGAUGAAGAAAUACCUGAGAUUGUGCCGGAUAGUCCAGACUCAGAUUACGAAAGCUCAGACGGAUAA